AUGUUCUUCUUUUUCAGCGGUGUCAACAGUCCGCGCCGCCGCAACCGGGAGAAAGCGAUCUUCCUGACGAUUUUCAUCAUCUUCGCUCUGUACCUGCUCUUCUUCUCAAAACCAUCACUCCAUAAACAUGCCGACCCCACGAUAUACGACUUCGAAGCUCUCGGUGGCCCAAAUAAAGAUCCGCACUCCGGCCAGGCAACCCCGGCGCGACAGUCUGCCCCCAUCCGGAAAAGCAUGGUCGUGGCUAGUAUGAAAAGCGACGAUGUCUCAUGGUUGCAUAAAUUCUUCCCGGACUACCAUAAGAGCAUCUAUGUCGUGGACGAUAAGAACGCCCCGUUGACGGUGAGCCAGAACAAGGGGCGGGAGUCCAUGGUCUAUCUGACAUACAUCAUUGAUAAUUAUGAUAACCUCCCCGAUUCGAUCCUCUUUAUUCAUUCCCAAAGGUACCAAUGGCACAACGACGACCCGUACUACGAUGGCGUGCCAAUGCUGCGCAAUUUCCAGCUUUCGUACCUCGAGAAACAAGGAUACGUCAAUCUCCGAUGCGUUUGGGUCCUCGGAUGUCCCGACGAGAUCCAUCCGCUGACUGACACCCACCGCGAGGCAGUUCAUGCCGGCGAAUACUUCAAGAACGGAUUCAUGGAGCUGUUUCCUGAAGUCGACGUGCCUGAGGCUGUGGGUGUGUCCUGUUGCGCGCAAUUUGGUGUCACAAGCUGGAAGAUUCGCGAGCGGCCAAAGAGCGAUUACGUGCGAUUUCGGAAGUGGCUGCUAGAGACGGACUUAACGGACGAUCUAAGUGGGCGGAUUAUGGAGUAUUCGUGGCAUAUGAUUUUUGGAAAGGAACCUAUCCAUUGUCCCUCAGCCGAAGAGUGCUACUGUAAGGUGUUUGGACUGUGUGAUCUGACUUGUCCGAGCCUGGGUGCGUGCAAUGACCGUUACCAACUUCCGCCGUAUUCAACCCUCCCUAAGGGCUGGCCCUAUAUCGGCUGGAAUGGACAGAAACAAGAUCCCAGCAAAGGCGGGCUUCCGGAGCCGAAGUCAUAGUACACAUUCUUGGUUCGCCGGUUGAAUAAUAAUUAAGGACAAACUAUGUCCACGCCAUACCCACUCCGGUGGAUGCUGGUAUUUCAUUUCUGGACCAGCAGGACACUCGCGGCCCCAUAUGAGGGCAUCCCCGCAGAAUGGUAAACUUCGCCAUUUCUCGCUUCGUCCAGACUUCCUGCUGUCUGGCACGAAAUCGGGCCACCUGAUGUACGAUAUUGAUAGAUCUAAGUCCGAUAUUUCAUCUGUGCA